CUCUUCUCUCUCAGGUCCAUUGAGAAACAGAAUUCAGAAAUGAACAACCACACAAGCAUAACAUUAUUCAUUCUUCGGGGAUUGACAGAUGAUCCACAGAUGCAGGUUCUGCUUUUUAUCUUUCUGUUUCUGACCUAUAUCCUGAGUGUAACUGGGAACUUGACCAUCAUCACCCUCACUCUGGUGAAUCCUCAUCUUAAAACCCCCAUGUACUUUUUCCUCAGGAACUUUUCCUUCUUAGAAUUAUCAUUCACAACUGUCUGCAUUCCCAGAUUCCUGUACAACAUGUCUACUGGGGACUAUACUGUGACCUAUAAUGCAUGUUUCACUCAAUUAUUUUUUGGAAUCCUCCUUGGAGCCUCAGAAUUUUUCCUCUUGGCUGCCAUGUCUUAUGAUCGCUAUGUGGCUAUCUGCAAACCCCUGCACUAUGCAGCCAUCAUAAACAACAGAGUCUGUAACCAGCUUCUCCUGGGUUGUUGGGUGUCUGGUUUAAUGAUCAUCCUUCCACCACUUGGUGUAGGUCUUCAGCUAGAAUUCUGUGACUCCAACAUCAUUGACCAUUUUGUCUGUGAUGCAUCACCACUGCUGGAAAUCACAUGUUCUGAUACUCAUUUCAUAGAGAGAAUGGUUUUAGCCUCUGCUGUGUUGACACUCAUCAUCACCUUAGUGUUAGUGGUUCUAUCUUAUGCCUAUAUUGUCAGGACUAUUCUGAGAUUCCCCUCAGCUGAGCAAAGAAAAAAAGCCUUUUCUACUUGUUCCUCCCACAUGAUUGUUGUCUCUAUGACUUAUGGGACCUGCAUCUUCAUCUAUAUCAAACCUUCUGCAAAAGAAGGGGUGGCUUUGAAUAAGGUCGUGUCCAUACUUGCAACCUCAGUUGCACCAGUGAUGAACCCAUUUAUUUAUACCCUGAGGAAUAAACAAGUGAUACAAGCUUUUAGAGACACAUUGAAAAAGAUUGCAUUGAUUUCAAAGUUAUGA